AUGGAUCUUAAUGCAAGUCAGAAAAACUUUAAGAUUUCAGUUGGUGAAAUGGAGUGGUGUCCGUUAGUUCAGACGUUGCUGCUGGCAUCUUGCUUCUGUGUAAUCAGCUGUCAGAGAUAUAACAUAAUAAAAUCAGCAUCUGGACCAGUCCGUGGGAUUGCUGUGCAGAAUCGAGGUGAGGUGGUUUAUCAGUACCGGAAAAUUCCUUUUGCAAAACCUCCCGUUGGUAGACGGAGAUUACGGAAACCUGUUCCAUUCGGCAAAUGGACCAAUGUUUUAGAUGGCACUUCCUUCGGACCGUCCUGCUAUCAGAAGGCUGAGUCUAUUUCACCUUCUUUACCGAAUACGGAAAUGUCGGAGGAUUGUCUGCAUUUGAAUAUAUACACACCAAUCAACGCCUCUCCGAAUAAUACCAAAAGUGUAAUGAUCUGGAUACACGGUGGGGGUUAUUCAAAAGGCCAGUCAUUUUAUUAUGACGCAUUCAACCUUGUAACUAAAGGGGAUGUUAUAGUGGUUACUGUUAACUACAGAUUAGGUUUUCUUGGAUUCUUCAGUACAAUGGAUGACGCUUCGCGGGGUAACUAUGGAUUGUGGGAUCAAAGGCUCGCAAUGCAAUGGGUUAAGGCCAACAUUGAAGAUUUUGGUGGAAAUCCCAAUUCUAUCACAAUCUUUGGUGGAUCUGCCGGCGCGUUUAGUGUGGGGUUACAUGCUCUUUUACCACAAAACCAAGGUCUAUUCCACCGGUUAAUUGCCGAGAGUGGAACAAGCACUUCACCUUUGGUAUUAAACAUGGAGCCGAGGGUACAUGCUAGAGGAUACGGCAUCGAUCUCAAUUGUCUGAAUGAAAAAGAUGUGAAUUUUGAUACUGAAAUGUUACUUGAAUGCAUCAGAGGAAAAAGUUCACAAGAAAUCAUACAAACUCAAAACAGCUACGACACAUUCAAGUAUGCUAACCAUGUCCUAACCUUACCCAACGCCCCUGUAGUUGAUGGAGAAUUGAUCAUACACCAUCCCAGCGCCAUAAUAGCCAAUACCUCGUCGAAUGAAUCAAGUUUCUUCCGCUCUCUUGAUGUCAUUAUCGGUACUACUGAUUCAGAAGGGUCACUAAUUAAUAAUGAUUUCAUGACUUACCUUGAAAAACAUUACAAUUUCAAUUAUUCGCGUUCAAUACCUACGACCGUGUUGUGUAAUUCCUAUGCGCGGAUGAUUGCAAAGGAUUUCUUUAAUAACAAUACCGACGUUUCCGAGGCUAUAUGUAAGAAAUAUAGCAGCACAGAUGAAAUUGAGCAGAGCAGAAAUAUCGUCGACAUGUACUCCGAUUUUUCUAUGAUUGCUCCGGCAUUAAGAUCUCUAGACUGCCACUCUGCUCCAGGACUAACAAUGGGUCGAAACACUUAUCAGUAUUUGUUCACUAGACAAUAUUCAUAUCAAGGUUAUCUCCAACCAAACUGGGUUAAAGGGGCUUGGCAUGCUGCAGAACUUCCAUAUCUUUUCGGGCCGUCAAUGAUAUGGUCUGUAUGGAAUCCCAUCUCUUUUUCCGAUGAAAUGUUGUCAGAGAAGAUGAUUAGAUACUGGACAAAUUUUGCCAAAAAUGGCUCACCUAACGGCCCGGAUGUCCCCUACUGGCCUAGAUAUGACUCAAUGGGCAAGCUGUAUCAGUAUCUGAACUUCAACAUAGCUCCAGCAUAUAAUUUGAACUCUGAGAGGAUACGGUUUUGGAACCAGUAUCUCCCAUCACUGAAUAGGACAACAGCCAACGUGUUGUUUGGAUAA